GAAAAACUGCAAAAAAUGACAAAAAAAUUGACCAAAAAUUCGAAAUUUGAGAGCGAGGAAGAGGAGGAUGAAGAUGAAGAGGAAGAAAAAGCCCCAAAAAUUGCCCGAAAAUCCCCGAAAUUGCCCCAAAAAUCGGCGGGGUCGGAUUCGGAGGAUUCCGAGGAUUUGCCGCUGGCGAAAUGGGCGGAAAAACGGCGGAAACGGGAGCGGGAGGAAGAGCGGGGGACGAGGAAGAGGAGGAGGAAGGAGGAGGAGGAGGAGGAGGAGACGUGGUGGAAUCCCAGGAAGGACCCGCCGGAAGUGGCGCGGAUGAAGCGAUACCUCCGCGCCGCUGGGUGGCGCCCUAACUACAAGCGGCUGUUCCGGAAGUGCCGCAGCCGCCGCGAGGCGCUGGAGGCGCUGAGGGGCGCCCUGCGCGAGCUCGGCCUCAGAGGCACCCCGUCCCUGGCCCGGUGCCGCCGCCUCGGCCGCCGCCGCGAGGAAAGAGCCGAACUCGCCGCCCUCGACGCCUCCAACAUUUUACCCGCGCGAUCCCGCCGCAGAAACGCCGAAACGGCCCCAAAAUCGCCGCCGAGGUCGCCCCUCCCCCCCCCGGACUGGUCGCGGCUCCGCGGCGUCGUCGACUCCGACAGCGAAUGAAGAAACCCCAAAUUUGGGGUUUUUUGGGGGGAAUUCUUGGACUUUUGGGGUUUUUUUGGGACUCGGGGGGGAAUUGAAAUUCAGCAUAAAAAUGGGAAAAAAAAAGGUUAAAAAAAAUCGUUGCGGAAAUGAGAAAAUCGCCGUGGAAAUGCACAAAAUUGCCCAAAAAAU